AUGGCCGCUCCGGCGGCUCCCAGCCUCCUCCUGCUGCUGGCCGGCGCCGCGGGGCUCAGCCGGGCCUUCUUCUCGCUGCCGCUCCGCGUGUCCCAGCCCGCCGCUCCCCGCGCCUCGUCGGCCGCCCCGCUGCCGCUGAGACCGGGGAGCGCCGGAGGAGGGCAGCGGGACGUCCAGGACGAGGUGGGCGGCCUGGCCUUGGCCUCCGACCCCGCGGGCAGCCUCAACUUUUUGGCCAUGGUGGAGAAUCUGCAGGGGGACUCCGGCAGAGGAUACUACCUGGAGAUGCUGAUCGGGACCCCGCCGCAGGCGUUAAAUAUUCUGGUUGACACUGGGAGCAGUAAUUUUGCUGUAGCAGGUGUGCCUGAUCCUGAUGUCACCUCCUACUUCAAUACAGAGCUGUCAAGUACAUACAAAUCACAAGGGAUUGAAGUCACAGUUAAGUAUAGUCAAGGAAGCUGGACUGGAGUGCUGGGCACAGAUGUCAUUACUAUCCCAAAGGGGAUUGAUGGCAGCUACACCAUCAACAUCGCUACCAUUCUUGAAUCGGAGAAUUUCUUCUUACCAGGGGUUAAAUGGCAUGGAAUUCUUGGUCUUGCUUAUGACACCUUAGCCAAGCCUUCAAGUUCUGUGGAGACGUUCUUUGAUUCUCUUGUGAGGCAGGCAAAGAUCCCCAACAUUUUCUCCUUGCAGAUGUGUGGUGCUGGACUGCCUGUUUCUGGAAGUGGUACCAACGGAGGUAGUCUUGUUCUAGGUGGCAUUGAACCAAGUCUCUACAAGGGUAAUAUAUGGUACACACCUAUCAAAGAGGAGUGGUAUUAUCAGGUUGAAAUUCUCAAGCUGGAGGUUGGAGGACAGAAUCUUGAAUUGGAUUGCAGAGAGUACAAUGCUGAUAAGGCAAUAGUAGACAGUGGGACCACCCUCCUCCGUCUGCCCCAGAAAGUCUUCAGUGCUGUCGUGCAAGCAAUAGCUCGCACAUCCCUGAUACAAGAAUUCUCUUCUGGCUUCUGGUCUGGUUCACAACUUGCAUGCUGGGAUAAAACUGAAAGACCUUGGUCCUUAUUUCCCAAACUCUCUAUUUACAUGAGGGAUGAGAACUCCAGCAGGUCAUUUCGGAUCUCUAUCCUACCGCAGCUUUACAUUCAACCCAUCCUUGGGAUAGGAGAGAACCUGCAGUGCUACCGAUUUGGGAUCUCUUCCUCCACAAAUGCUUUGGUUAUUGGUGCUACGGUCAUGGAAGGCUUCUAUGUAAUCUUUGACAGAGCUCAGAGGAGAGUGGGCUUUGCAGUGAGUCCAUGUGCAGAGGUUGAUGGUUCUCCAGUGUCUGAGAUUGAAGGCCCUUUCACAACCACAGAUGUUGCAAGCAACUGCGUUUCUAGCAUAACUUUCCAUGAACCAGUGUUGUGGAUUGCCUCCUACGCUCUCAUGAGCCUGUGUGGGAUUAUCCUCCUCAUACUGAUCAUCCUGCUGCUUAUUCCACCACGGUGCCAGCAUCGCUACACCGACAAUGACGUGGUCAACGAUGAAUCCUCCUUGGUGCGACAUCGAUGGAAAUGAGAAACUUGAUGGUGAAACCUGGGACUUCAACAGAAUGAAGGACAAAGUACUUUGCCAAGGGGAAGAAGCCAAUGCCUCAGUCCUUUCUACAUCCAUUACAAAUCGUUGUGGAAAGCCCUCCAAAUACUCUGCAUCAUAACUUUUUAAGCUUUAUUUUCUAACACUGAUUCUGAACCAAAGCACUGUUAACCACCUCUCUUAAGUGCUACGGUACUGGAUUUGCUACUACAGUACAAUGAGCCUUUAUGCUCACAAUAGUACCUUUUUUUUUUUUUUAAGAAGAACCUUACACCAUGAUGUUCUUCCACUAUCUGAACAAAACUGUCCAUCCCUCUUUCAUAAAAAAAAAAAAAACCAAGCUAUCAGAAUUUUCUAAGUGAUCUGACUGUAGAAAAAGAGAAAAAAAAUUAAUAAUCUUUCUUACUAAUCACAUUAAAUGAAUACUGCAUUGUGUUUACAUCAGUUCAUUUUGAAGCUGUGCUUAUGGUGCGGGGGAAGGAGAAAGGUCAGACACAUGCAGCAGUUAAAGCAAGUGAGGUCAAGAAAAAUGGUCGUUUGGGUUUUUGUUCCUCAAGAUGUCUGCUGCCACUUGAGGGGUCACCAUUCCAAGGUGUCAUUGCAAAAUAGUUUGAGGAGGUAAAAACUGAAAAACAAACUUGUUCAGCCUUAGCGUAAAACAAGACUACCUCUCUUAAUUCACAAGGAUGAUGCCACUGGUAAACAUGUAACUUAGAACUGGUCUUAAAACACAAGACAUCCCAUACAACCAAAUGUAACUCCUGCACUUCUUAGUAGUUGAUAUUAGAGAAAUUAAUACUUUCCAUUUCGGUGCAUAAAAAAGCUUUUCAGUUUCCCCCCGAUUGUGGGGUUUUGUGUG